AUGAAAAAGUAUGAAUACCGACAAAGCAACUCGGACCACACCUUAUUCCUCAAGAAGAGAAAUGGUAAGAUUACUUGUCUUAUUAUUUAUGUUGAUGACAUGAUUAUUACCGGGGAUGACGAAAAGGAGAUAAGUCAGUUGAAGAGAAAUUUGUUCAAAGAAUUCGAGAUGAAAGACCUUGGUGCCUUGAAAUACUUAUUGGGCAUCGAGGUGAAGAGAUCAAAACAAGGUAUCUUCAUCAAUCAAAGAAAGUAUGUGCUUGAUAUCCUUGCAGAGACAGGAAUGAUAGACUGUGAACCAGCGGACACUCCAAUGGUUCAGAAUCACGGAUUACAGAUCCGAGAAGGAGCUAAACGGGCUGAUCGAGGGAAAUAUCAAAGACUAGUGGGAAAGCUCAUUUAUCUAUCCCACACUAGGCCGGAUUUGGCCUAUGCCGUCGGAGUGGUAAGCCAGUUCAUGCAUGCACCUCAGGAAGAACAUUGA